CGGGAAUUAUUCCUUCCUCCCAGCCUUUGGGGCUCCUUCCUGCUGGCAGGCCAACGGGAGCCGUCGGGCUCGGAAUAACGGCGCGGUGCGGGCGGGCGUUGGGAGCGGCCGGGCCCUGCUGGGCCUGCCCUGCCCUCAGAGCUGCGAGCAGCGCACGGCCCCCAGGCCGCGUCUCUGCCGGCCUGAGGUGGCCGCAGGUUCCGUGGAAAACCUCCGGAGAUCGCAGGAGUAACUAUAAUUUACGCGUGAGCCUUGUUGCUAAGGGAGGCGCGGUGACAAGGUUUGAUUGUCACUCGUGGUGAUUCCAAACCUCUGGCCCGCGAGUCUUUAGACCGCCCUUGGAAAAUUUGGUGAUCAAAAACAUCCCGCAGCGUUUGGAGUUGUUCAUAGCUGGAAGGUGUGUCUCAUCUGUUAGUGAAGAAACUACCUCUUCCCCCAAGAGCGUGUCCAGAAAAGUCAAAAGCUUGAAAGUAACUUUUCCUUAUUCACAGGUUUCUCUUCAUUGUAUUUCCUUUUCCCAUUUGUGGGAGAAGAGCCAUGAAGAACCGUUCCUCAUCUCCCCCUUUGCACGUCCAUGUGGAUGAAAACACCCCUGUCCAUGUCCAUAUUAAAAAGGGGCAGAAAACCACACCUUCAAAAUGCCAGCAAAAGCAGAAACAGAAAUCAAAAGGGGACGGCGUGCGAGCCGUGAGGGUGAAAACUAAGGCCCCUUGGAUACCCCCCGGCAAAACAAGUACCCGUGAUACCAUCUUGAAGUGGGAGGAGUCAGCUGAACGUCACGAAGCUGCACCUAAACCUGAGUGUGAAAGGAUGCAGUCGGUGCUGCGCCUCAGUGACCUCUCCACGGAUGAUGAUGCUGCCACCUGCUGCAAAAUUAACCAAUAUGAGAAGAAGAUAGACAACCUGAUGAAUAUGGUGGGAACACUGAAGAAGGAGGUCAAGAUGCAGAAAAUGGAGGAACAGGAGGAAAUGACAAUGCGUCUCCUGGAGGAGCAGAAGGAAGAGCUGAAUGAGGUCACACAAGAGCUGGUAGACACAGAGAAUGAGAACACUCGGCUCCGCCGCAACAUCGAGCGCAUAAAGGAGGAGAAGGACCUGACUGUGCUAGAGAAGGAGUGCUUGCAGCAGGAGAAGGAGUGUUUGAUGACCAAGCUGAAUGAAGCAGAAAGGGAUGGAGCAGCAGCUGCCAGACAGAUCCACGCCCUGAAAAAUACCAUUGGGAGACUCAAUGUUGAGAAACACAUGAGCAGCACAGAUAUAAAUGCUCUAACAAGACAAAAAGAGCUUCUGCUCCAGAAAUUGAGCACCUUUGAAGAAACCAACAGAACACUCCGAGAACUUCUUGCAGAGCAGCAGUGCCGGGAGAAAGAUGCUCAGAAGGUACUGGAUCGGCAAGCAGUGCUGCUGAAAAGGCUGGCUGACUCAGAUGCAGAGAACAUGCAACUUCAGAUCAGGCUUCAGGGGAAAGAAAAGGAAUUGGAAAGCCUCACAAUUCAGAUAGUGACAGAAAAGGAACAAGCAAAGAAAGCAUAUGAGCUGGCCAAAGCUAUGGAGACUAUGAAAGCCCAUUUACAAGCCCAGCUGCGGAGCAAAGAAGUUGAGAACAACCGUCUGGCCACACAGCUGCGGAAUCUGGAGAUCAGUGAAGCUCAGCUUAAGGAAGAGCUAGAACUUGCCCUGGAACAGCAGAGAGACACGAAGAUGAAGGGGGAUGACGAUAAAGAGGCCCUGAAGAAAGCGAUCCGUGCACAGAAAGAGCGAGCGGAGCGGAGUGAGGAGUAUGUGCAGAAAUUGACUGCCCAGAUAGCAGACAAGGAAAACACUAUUGCUGAGCUCCAGGCCAAUCUCGAGUCCUGGAAGACUCGCUGCAGCAAAGUAGUGAAGGAGAAGGAUGACCUUGAACUGGAAGCCGUUACACUGAACAGCCGUAUUGCAGACUUGAUGGAACAACUGGCAAGGAGCCAGGAAAAGGCACGGGGAGAACACGAAGCUUUGGCAGAUAAAAUGCACCAAAUGACUGGAGAGAACAAUUCUUUGAAGAGAGAUAAUGAAAAACUAAAGGCUGCUCUGAACUCAAUGGAGGACAAGCUGAACCGAGCACAGAUGGAAUUGCAGCAUCUCCAGAACUCUGUGAAGAGCUAUGAAGGGUUGAUUGACACCUACAUGGCACAGGCACAGAAGGCCCGAAAGGAAGCAGAUGAGAUGGCAGCAAGACUGGAGAUAUGUGAAAAAGAGAACCAGACAAUAAGGGAUGAAAUGAGCAAGGAGAUUGAAGAGGCUCGUGAGAAACUCCAGAACCAGCUUGCUGAUCUGGAAAAACUGCCUGAUAUCCUAAAGUAUACUGAGACACAGCUGGCAGAGUGCCAUCAGCAGCUCAUGUGUUACGAGAAGAAGAACACAGACCUGUGUGCCAUGAUUGCCGAUCUCCGUCAGCUGAUUGACCUCCAGGGGGACAAAAUGGAGAUGACAAGAGAGAGAUAUCAGUCUGCCCAAGAGGAGAAAAAGCAACUCACCUUGAAGGUGGAGGAGCUAGAAAGAAAACUAGAGUCCACGAGUGCCCAGAACAUAGAAUCCCUUCAGGUCAUAGCAAAACGUGAGGAGUCGAUCCACCAGUGUCAGCUGCGGCUGGAGGAGAAGAGCCGAGAGUGCAGCUCCCUGGCACGGCAGCUGGAGAUGGCCAUUGAGGAUGCCAAAAGACAAGUGGAACAAGCUCGAGAACGAGCAGUCUCCAGAGAGAGGGCAGCCCAGUCCAAGAUGUUGGAUUUGGAGACCCAGCUGAGCAGGAAUAAGACAGAGCUGAACCAGUUGCAUCGGAGCAAAGAGGAUGCAGAGCGCCGAUACGAGAGCCGCCUCCAGGACCUGCGCGAUCGGCUGGAGCAGUCGGAGAGCACCAACCGCAGCAUGCAGAACUACGUCCAGUUCCUCAAGAGUUCCUACGACAAUGUUUUUAGGGAAAGUGCUUUUCUGGGCUCCCCCAGCCACACUCGCUCUCUUGUCUGAGGGCAAUGCUCUCCUCGCACCUUUUUUAAGCGCACAGAAGGAGCUUUGUUUCAAAAGCCAUAUUGAUAGAGAAAACUGGAUGGCAUUUCUGGGUCACUGUUGGGAGAUUUUUUUAUUGCAGAAUGAGAAAAUAAAAUGAUGUUGGCAUCUGAUCAAAAUGUGGGGUAUCAGCGAUACUGGUUUAAUGCUGGAGGUUGGUGUUACACCAUAAACUGAGCCCCAAAACCAGGUGGUUUUGCAUAUAAUGGAAAAAAAUCCUUUUCUUCCUGUUAGGUCAUGGUGGUUUCAGCUCUUAAAAUCUGUCAGAGGUUUGUUGAGUGUGUUAAUUUUUGUAAGAGCUCUCUUCGUCCUUCACUUCUCAUUCGGUUUCUCUGUUGGGGAGAUCAUGUGGGGGUUUUUUGCUUGCGGGAUUUUUUAAAUAGUUUUUUUAUACUGUUGGUGUGAUGCUGAAAAUAACUGAGGUGCCUGCGCUCUACACUCACCAGAGGUAAUCUACUGCACAGCCACAGUGUUUGUAACAAUUUUAUACCAGAAAUUAUGAGUUUGGUUUGGUUUUUUAUACUUGAUGCCUUUAUACACCCUGAUCCUUAACUUUAUUUGUGAGUGUGAUACUAAUAUUGCUUUAUUCCUCUUACCGUGAUUUUCUGAUCCUGAGUAUACCCACCCAGGGCUGAGCCAAAACAAUUUAAAUCUGAAGGAAAUCAAUGUCACUUCAUUGAGAUCUUGGUGCAAAUGCCAUGUGAGUUCUGGGUCUGCAUGAAAUCCUAACUUUGUUUUAAGCCAACUAAGGUACUGCUGCAGAUAUCCAGCUUCUUCAUCAAAUUCCCCUGCACCUUCUGGAAAAUCAGGUCUUUUGUGCGUCAAAAGUCUCUAAAGUCCGUAUGCUCUCUAGCGUUUUAUUGUUUCUACUAAAUGGUUUUUAGGGGGACAAAAAUAAACCUUGUUUUUGUUAGUCUCUCUUUUGUAUCCUAUUUAUGUGCUAUGUGACGUGGUCAUCGGCAGUAUUUUUUAUAAAAGUUUUCUAAACUAAGUUCGAAAGAUCUGUAACUGCGUGUGUUUAACACUUGAAAAAUUUCAGAAGUGCUGCGGGAGAAACCAAUA